GAAGUUCCGCUUUUAGCUCCUCGCUAGCUUAACAUAGCCUGUGUUAGCUUUAAGCUAGGAGUUGAUAAAGUGAGUUGGAGAAGGAGGAGAUCUUUGCUGCUAGUUUUAGGGAGUUCAUCUCAGUUUUAACAACCAGAUCAAAGGUAGAAGAGCUGAAUAUAGUCUCAGAGUACCUGGAGAAGCUCGUUAUCUCUAAACUAAACAGCCUGUUGUCUUCAGAGUUGAGUCGCUGGAGGAGAAACAACAACAAGCAGAGUUCAGCUGAAUGGCUGAAGGCUCCUCAGAUCCACCCGACCUCAAUCCAGAUGAGGCGUCGCAUCAAAAACACUAUCAGCACAAACCCAAAAGAGGCCGGCCCAGAUACAACAAUGACAGAAACCUGAAUAGUUAUGAUCCCUCUCAACAAUAUGGACACUUUCAGCAGGACGUUAAACCCCCAUUUAGCCACGAUAAUUCAAAUUAUGCAUCGCAUCAGCAUCCUCCCUACCAAGGAGAGGAUGGAGCCAGAAGGCGAGGCAGAGGCAGAGGGAGGAGAGAAGGGAAUAGAGGUGUAAAUGGGAAUUUUGGUGGGUCCAGCUCCAGUUGGCAAAGACCUGGAGCUGACUUUGGCCCGUAUAGUGGUAACAACAGGGGUGCGGCGGGGUUUUCCUCUAGGCCACAUCCCAUGGAUGGACCUGAUGGGCCCAGCUGGCGAAGAGAAGAUGCGGGCAGGAAUUUCGACCAAACCAAUGAAGAUCCAGAUGCAUGGGCUAAAAAACCCAGGAAGUAUAGCCAGGAGCAGAGGAGAGGGCAACAAAAUGAAAAGGGCACUCGCUUAAAGGAGAACAACACUGCAGUAGAGAGGUCAAAUGAGACCAAAGGAGAAAACCCCCCUUCAGACAUCAGGGAAAGAAGUCAGAGGAGCAGGACGGGUCCAAUCAAACCACCUAAACCACCAUCUCAAGAGGAAACAGGCUCAGAGAGGGGCACCAGUAUCCAAGAUGAGUCUGGCCAUGGCAGAUCAUCUCAGGAUCCUGCCAGUAAAGCUGGACGAGGCUCAGGAAGAAACACACCCCUUCAGCCCAGAGGGGGGAGAAGAACGCAUCAUCAAAACCAGAGGCCAGGCCAGAGGAACUGGGAUAAGAUGCCAGAGAGCAAGGAGACGCAGACAGGGUGUCUGAUUGAGCAGCUGUCUGAGGAGAAGUACGAGUGCAUGGUGUGCUGUGAUGUCAUCCGGUGCAUGGCUCCGGUGUGGAGCUGCCUGAGCUGCUUCCACGUCUUCCACCUGAACUGCAUCAAGAAGUGGGCUCGUUCCCCGGCCUCUCAGGCAGAUGAGUCAGCUGAAGGUUGGCGUUGUCCGGCCUGCCAGAAUGUUGCACUGAAACAACCAACCUCCUACACCUGCUUCUGUGGUAAAGUGACAAACCCAGAGUGGCAGCGCACUGAGAUUCCCCACAGCUGUGGUGACAUGUGUGGGAAGAAAAGGAGCGGAGUGGACUGCAACCACCCCUGUAACAUCUUGUGUCACCCUGGACCAUGCCCACAAUGUCCUGCCUUUAUAACUAAAUCCUGUAUCUGUGGGAAGACCAGUCAACCAAUGCGCUGUGGUCAGGGUACAGUGCUCCAGUGUGACAAGGUGUGCGGUGCCUUACUCAACUGUGCCAAACACCCCUGCACCCAGGUGUGCCACAGUGGGACAUGUCAACCCUGCCAGCUGCAAGUUCAGCAAGUGUGCUACUGUGGCGUUACCACUCGCGAAGCCCUGUGUGGCACAGACAAAGACGGAUUUGAUGGUUCGGGACAUUUCUCCUGUCAAAAAUUAUGUGGGAAGAUGCUGAACUGCGAAGCUCACCAGUGCCAGCAGGAGUGCCACCGCGGUCCGUGCCAGCUGUGCCCGCGCUCCCCGAGCCUGGUGAAGACGUGUCCCUGCAGUCAGACGCAGCUGACCAAACUCCUGGAGCUGGGUUACUCUGAGCGACGGAGCUGCUCUGAUGCCAUCCCCUCCUGUGGAAAGACGUGCAACCAACCUCUGGCCUGUGGCUCCAGCGACAUCAUCCAUAUGUGUGAGAAGUUGUGCCACGAGGACAGCUGCGGGCCCUGCUCCCUGACCUCCACUAUCAGAUGCAGAUGUGGCUCCAAGACCAAGGAGGUCCCGUGUGCAACGAUUGAAAAAGAAGAAGAGCUCGUCUUCACCUGUGAGAAGCGCUGCAACAAGAAACGCUAUUGCGGCCGACACAAGUGCAGCGAGCUGUGUUGUGUGACUGUGGAGCACAAGUGUCCCCUGAUCUGCGGCUACAAGCUCAACUGUGGCCUCCACCGCUGCCAGGAGCCUUGUCACCGUGGAAACUGUGAGCCCUGCUGGCAGUCCAGUUUCGACGAGCUGGCGUGUCACUGUGGGCUCACGGUCUUGUACCCGCCCAUCCCCUGUGGCACAAAGCCUCCAGAGUGCAAAAGCAUGUGCACAAGAAGACACGAGUGUGACCACCAAGUGUUUCACAACUGCCACAGUGAAGAGAAGUGUCCACCUUGCACGUACCUUACUCAGAAAUGGUGCAUGGGAAAGCACGAGCAACGCAGCAACAUCCCGUGUCACCUGCAGGACAUUUCUUGUGGCCUGACAUGUAACAAAACGCUGCCGUGUGAGAUGCACCGCUGCAGAAAGAUCUGCCACCGGAGCGAGUGUUUGGCAGGAAGCAGCUGCCAGCAGCCCUGCGCGCUGCCUCGUCCAGACUGCGGCCACCCGUGCGCCGCUCCCUGUCAUAAAGGCAGCAGCUGCCCACGCACCACCUGCACCGCCAAGGUCGCUCUACAGUGCGAUUGUGGGCGAAGAAAGGAAAUGGUGAACUGCACAGAGGCGACCACUUCAUAUCAGAGGUACGCAGCCAUCGCCAUGGCCAGUAAGCUGUCUGACAUGCAGCUCGGCGACUCCAUGGACAUCGGCCCGUUCCUCACUAAGAAGGAGCUGAAACAGACCAGGCUUGAAUGUGAUCAAGAGUGCGCUACUUUGGAGAGAAACAGGCGUUUGGCGGAGGCGUUGCAGAUAGAUAUAACCUCUGACCCCUUCAACGCCCGCUCUACUUCUGUGUACAGCGACAGCCUCAAAGACGAUGCCAGAAAAGACCUGAAAUUUGUCACAGAGGUAGAAGAGGAGAUCAAGAAUCUCGUUGAGCUUGCUAAUAAGGGAAAACAGACAAAGAGGAGCCACUGUUUCCCGCCCAUGAACAGUCAGCACCGCAAGAUCAUCCACGAGCUGGCCGAAGUCUACGCCGUGGAGAGCGUGAGCUACGACAGCGAGCCCAAACGCAACGUGGUCAUCACGGCCCACAAGGGGAAGUCCACCUGUCCAAACUCAACCCUGACAUCACUGAUAGAGCGAGAGACGUCAGCGAGGGCCCCUCCUCCCAUCGCUCACAUCAAACAGCACAGCAGCAAGGCCGUCAGUGGAGGCACCUGGUCGAAGAUGGUGAAGGAAGAGCCUGUGAUAGAUUAUUUUGAUGUCCAGGAUUAAAAUGAGGCCAAACCAUAGAAGAAGAAACCUCAGGAUCUACUCAUAAACAUCAGUUUACAUCUGCCAAAAAAAGUAUAUUAUAAUAAGUAUAUUAUGACAUUCGUGUUCAUCAAAUAUCUCUAAGAUUUCCUGUUGCUUCAUAAUCAAAUAAAAUUACAUUUGUGAACACCCACACUUGGUUUAUCUAGGAGGAUGAAUUGAAUGAGUGCUGAGUGUUCCUCUCCCCUCAGAUAUUAAAGUUGAUCGAGCAUCGCACGGAUCAUUUUGAGAAGCAGCUGAGUGUUUACUUUGUUUCAUUUGUAUGCAACCGAUCCCUCACUGAACCCAACUUAAUAAAAAGCGAAUUCUCUCCUUAUUUAAAGGA